AUGCCUAAGGUCGAGGAAUUCCAGCUCCACCCUCUUGGAUGGGAGAACGACCCGGAAGAGGAGCGCCGCGAGCUCUCCACGCUCGACUACUUGUCGGCUAUGGUCUACAACAACUAUGCUCUGUUCUUCAAGCUUGAAGACGAGCAGAAGAGCAAAGUAGCAGCGGUGCUUAAGGAAGGCCUGGAGCGCACCCUCAGCCAGGCCAGGCAUCUUGUUGGCACCAUCGAAAAGGGUGACGACAACCGCUACUUCUUCGUCAAGAAGAAGGACAGCACUGUGAAAUUCGUUGUUCAGUAUCUUGACUCCCCGGAGGACAAGUUUGCGUCUUUCUCUGAUAUCGAGAAAGCUCAUUUUGUCUCGACCACUCUGGGCGAUAUCAAGGUCCUGAGCAAUGCUCCCAUGACCUAUGGCGAGAAGCCGGAAGCCCACCCGGACUGCAGCCCCGUUAUCGCAUCGUACAAGGCCAACUUCAUCCCAGGCGGUCUCAUCUUCAACAUGCACUCUCAUCACUACAGUAACGAUGUCGUUGGCUGGGGAAACUUUGCCAAGCAGCUGGCUGACAACUGUUACGCCAUCGUCAACAAGACGGGGUUCCCUACUUUUGACCCCCAAUGCCUUGAUCGCAGCCGUUUCAUUGCUCCUUCGGUCCCGGAGGAGUCUCGGGUCAACGCGCCUCCUCAGGCCGACCGCCACCCGGAUCACAAGAUUUCGCAGUCUCUCAUCUUCCACUUGCCCAAGAGCAAGGCCGCCGAGCUGAAGAAAAUUGCUUCGCCCAACGACGGCACCUGGAUUUCCACGUACGAUGCCAUCUGCGCGCUCAUGUGGCGAACAUUCUCCAAAAUUCGCGAGCCCGUCUUCAAGCCGGACCCUACCUCCACGCCCAUCUGGGCCGAGGCGGCUACCAUGUCCAAGCGACUCAAGAACCCCACGAUGCCCGCUCGCAUGCAGGGCAACACCUUCUUCGCCACCAUGUCUGCUGCGGCUGCCGUACCACAGCUGACCGUGGCUGAGAUCGUCUCAGAGGCUCCGUUGACCAAACUCGCGAGCUACGUGCGUCAAAUGACCAACGGCGUCACCCAGGAAAUGCUUUUCGGCGCGCUGGACUCUCUUGCGCCGAUCAGGAACAAGCAAGACUUGGCCAUCCGCAUCAACUCAUUCCCUCCUAUGACGCUGGUCAUGACCGACUGGAGAGACUCGGAUGUGUGCAACUCCGACUUUGGCUUCGGAAAGCCCGUCGCCUUCCGACACCUGUUUGACACUGUCACGGAAGGUCUUGCCAUCGUGUACCCGCCGCAUAACGGUCCGGCUGGAGAUGACGAAGGCAUUGAGGUCCAGGUCUCCUUCGAGAAAGAACUCCAACAGCAGUUGGUGAAUGACCCCGAGUGGAAGAAGUACUUCGAGUUCAGAGGUGUUGAUGCAGAGGAAACCAACCCAACCGGAACUGAGACCGUGCCAGUGGCUUAA